CCCUGACACUUGCUUUAUGCGUUUAGACUCGCAAGACUCGCGUUCAAUUUGAAAAUGUGGUAUCCUGAGUUUUCUGUCAGUCAUUGUCCACAGGCGAGGAAAUACAUACUCAGAAUUUAACUGGACUUUAUUUUUCUGAACCAGCUAUUAAAUGGCAGACGCAGCCGUGUCAUCUGAUGUGAACCCUACAUCAAGCACAGUAGCAAGUCUAGUUCCCUUCGCCGAACUCUGUGGUCUUCUCGAAAAAAUAUCCAAAACCCAAGGCAACGAUAAGAAAAAGCGCGUGCUGAAGGAUUUUGUUGAUCGCUGGAGAAAUCUUCACGAUGACUUGCAUAAAAAAGAUUCUGAUACCACCAUGGACUCCUUUUAUCCUGCCAUGCGACUGCUGCUACCACAUUUAGAACGAGAGCGAAUGGCAUAUGGGGUCAAAGAGAAUGGCUUAGCACGGCUUAUGAUAAAAGUACUGUGUCUUGCUAAAGACAGCCAAGAUGCCCAAAGACUUCUUAACUACCGAGCAGUAAAGACAGUGCAAGGGGAUGCUGGGGAUUUUGCCAGCAUGGCUUAUUUUGUGCUCAAAACAAGAUGCCCAUCUCGUGGGUCCCUGACCAUUCAACAGGUGAAUGAGGCACUUGAUUCCAUUGCUACCAAUAAUGCUGCAAGGAAGAAAGAAGCAGUGGAAGAAAGCAUUCUGUUUCUUUUGAAAAAUUUGUCAGCUGUGGAGCAGAAAUGGCUAGUUCGCAUGAUUGUCAAGGAACUGAAGAUGGGAUUGAGCCAGGCAUCUGUAUUUUCAGUGUAUCACACUGAUGCAGAAGAUUUCUUCAAUGUCAAUAACAGUUUGGAGAAGGUAUGUCGACUGCUUCGCAAUCCAGCAACAAGAAUGCAUGAGAUCGGGAUUUCUAUUUUCUCUCCUUUCACGCCCAUGCUUGGGGAUCGAGGUACACCUGAUAAAGUUGAGAAGCUGAUGGAGGGUCGGCCAUAUUUGAUUGAAACAAAGUUUGAUGGUGAGCGUGUUCUGCUUCAUAAAGAUGGAGAAGAAUAUAAAUACUUCUCGCGCAGUGGCAAUGAAUACACAAGUGUAUUUGGGGCUACACCUUUUGAUGGCACGCUGACACCGUACAUUGCCAACUGCUUCAAGCCAGAGGUAAAAACCUGCAUUUUGGAUGGUGAGAUGCUGGGUUAUCAUUCUGCUACCAAGACAUUUGGAUCCAAAGGAGAGCAGUUUGAUAUAAAAUCUCGUGAUGUAGUUGAGGCCAAGGGUUAUCAGCCUUGUGUUAUGGUAUUUGACAUCUUGUUGUACAAUGACCAUGUGCUUACCAACUUGCCUCUGCGUCAGCGACUGGAGUAUCUUGAGAAAGUGAUUGUUCCUGUAGAUGGCAGGAUUCUUCUUAGCCAGCAUAAAGAAGCCCGCACAAAUCAAGACUGUGUAGAUGCUUUGAAUGAUGCCAUUGACAAUCGGGAAGAAGGUAUCAUGGUUAAAGAUGCAGAAUCGACAUACAGACCCAACACACGAAAAGGCGGCUGGUGGAAACUAAAGCCAGAGUAUGUUGGGGGGCUCAUGGAUGAGCUUGACUUGUUGAUCAUUGGAGGCUUUUUUGGGGAAGGCCACCGUGGGGGUAUGAUGUCGCACUUUCUUUGUGGAGUUGCUGUUCCUGAAGCAAAUGGAGAAGAGCCAAAAGUAUUCUAUUCCUUCUGCAAGGUUGGGUCUGGAUAUUCCAAAAAUCAGCUGAGAGAAUUUAACCAACGGCUGGCUGAACACUGGCAAGUGUUUGAUAAACGAAAGCCACCUGCAUGCAUAGAGCUGGCAUCUGGGUUUAAAGAAAAACCAGAUGCUUGGAUACAACCAGACAAAUCAUGCAUAGUGCAAGUGAAGGCAGCAGAAAUAAUAGUCAGUGAACGAUUCAAAGUUGGAUACACGCUUCGUUUUCCAAGAGUGGAGAUGAUUCGAGAUGACAAACCAUGGCAUCAGUGCAUGACUACUGCAGACAUUGAGGAUCUUAGACAAAAAUCAGGGGGCAAGCUGGCAGGAUCCCGCAUGGAGCUAGCAGGUGUUGAAGAAGGAGCAGGCCGUGGCAGACGUAAACGCCACAUUGCUCCAAGAGUGCAACAUCCCAAGCUGAUGGCUCGUUUUCAAGGAGCUGAUGUGUCUAAUGUGACACAGGUAUCACAUCUUUUGUCAGGUCGAGAAAUUUGUGUGAUAAAUGGACCAUCAGAUAUGACGAAAGAUGAACUGGAACGAAAGGUGGCUGAAAUGGGUGGAAUCUUUGUGCAGAAUCCAGGGAAGACAACAUUCUGCAUCCUGGCAGAGAAGACAAAUGUUAAAGUAACAAAUCUAAUCAAGACAGACAAGUAUGAUAUUGUCAAAGUCAGCUGGUUUCAGAAGCUCCUAGACAGAGGGCAGUGGGUGGACUGGACACCAAGUGACAUGAUCCAUGCAUCGGCAGGUACUCGCAAACGAUUCCUCCAGGAGUUUGACCAAUAUGGUGAUAGUUUCACUGAAGAUAUAUCUGAAGAGCAGCUGAAAGAUAUUUUUCAUGCAAUGGACCAUAGUGGCACAGAUAUUCCCACAAUGAAACCAGAAGAUAUCGCACAACUUGAAGAAGAAUAUUUUUCAGAAGAUUCUCCAUAUGGACUUUUCAGAACGUGCAGAAUCUACAUGGAUUCCUAUAUGAUUGUUGGGAAUGAUUCCACACACAUUGCAACUUCUAGCCUGGAUCUGCUUGCCAUAGAGUUACGUUUCUUUGGUGCCACCAUUUCCAGCAGGCUGGACAGUGAUGUGUCACAUGUCCUUGUUGACAAAAGAGACUUAAGUAGGCUGGAACAACUUAAAAUAGUUCGACGUGGCUGUAAGCGAAAAUUCCACAUUGUCACAGAGGAGUGGGUUCGUGCAUGUCUGGAAGAAGGGACACUAUGUGCAGAGAAACCCUAUGAACUUUGACCUUCAUAAUUUUGCUGUGCCUUCUACAAACUCUUAGAAUUAUAAUGAAGGUGAAUUUGUACAUCCCAAGUGCAGUAACACCAUCAUGUAUGCUUGCUUAAAAGCAGGCUGCAGUAUUCCAUUGUGAAACAAAGAGUUUACAUUACAAAGUAAAUAUUCCAGGAGCUGUUACAGCUUAUGUGGGAGAUUUUAUGUCAGCCAUUCCCAAGAUUGAAAAGGGAAUUGAUAUAAAACUGUUAGCAAUGUUAUGAUCAUUUUGAUUACUUUAAUAUCAGACAGUUUCUAAAUGAUAUAAUCAGUUUCUGACCUGUACUGCUUUGAAUAUUUUUUAUCUUUAGAAAGUAGAGAAAAAGAAUUGUAUAAACUUUGAGAUAAAAAAAAUUGUUUAUAGUUUGAAUUAUAUAGUUCACAUUUACUUAUGUUAUACAGUGAUGAGGGUAAAGAAAUUCUGCAUGUAUUUUCCAAGUGAAUGAUAUCAAAAAAUCAAUGACUUUGUUGAUUGAAAAAAAAUUGAUAAAGAGAUUUUGGUUAAAUGCCUGUCAGUAUUUGUGUACUUGGAACCAACAAAAUUUUGUCUGUGAGAUGCAAA